GGGUGGGGUGGAGCGGAGGCGGGAAGUGCCGCUGAACCACCGGUGGACCGCCGGCGAGCCGCGGCGGCGGAGGAGGAGAGGAGUGCGGGUUCGUCAGGCGAACGGCGGCGCGGCGCGGCGUAGGCCCCCGGCGGGGUCCUUCGGCGACGGGGACUGAGGGAGCGGGACGGCGGCCGCGAUGAACCUGGAGCUGCUCGAAUCCUUCGGCCAGAACUACCCUGAGGAGGCUGACGGGACGCUGGACUGUAUCAGCAUGGCCCUGACUUGCACCUUCAACCGCUGGGGAACGCUGCUGGCCGUUGGCUGCAACGACGGGCGCAUCGUCAUCUGGGACUUCCUCACCCGGGGCAUCGCCAAAAUCAUCAGCGCUCACAUCCACCCCGUCUGCUCACUGUGCUGGAGUCGAGAUGGCCACAAAUUGGUGAGUGCUUCGACCGAUAACAUCGUGUCGCAGUGGGAUGUGCUCUCUGGAGACUGCGACCAGAGAUUUCGAUUUCCUUCGCCUAUCUUGAAAGUUCAGUACCACCCUCGAGACCAAAACAGAGUAUUAGUUUGUCCCAUGAAGUCGGCGCCGGUGAUGCUGACACUGUCGGACUCCAAGCACGUCGUCCUGCCUGUGGAUGACGAUUCUGAUCUCAAUGUCGUGGCCUCCUUUGACAGGCGAGGGGAAUACAUUUAUACGGGCAAUGCCAAGGGGAAGAUCUUGGUCUUAAAAACAGACACUCAGGAUCUUGUUGCUUCCUUCCGAGUGACAACUGGCACCAGCAACACCACAGCUAUCAAAUCAAUUGAAUUUGCUCGGAAAGGAAGCUGCUUUUUAAUAAACACAGCUGACCGGAUAAUCAGGGUGUACGAUGGCCGUGAAAUUCUCACUUGUGGACGGGAUGGGGAACCUGAACCGAUGCAGAAGCUGCAGGAUUUAGUGAACAGGACCCCGUGGAAGAAGUGCUGCUUCUCUGGUGACGGUGAAUAUAUAGUGGCAGGUUCAGCACGACAGCAUGCCCUGUACAUUUGGGAGAAGAGUAUCGGAAACCUGGUGAAAAUCCUCCACGGGACCAGAGGAGAGCUGCUCUUGGAUGUUGCAUGGCAUCCUGUCCGACCGAUCAUAGCCUCGAUUUCGAGCGGCGUGGUGUCAAUAUGGGCUCAGAACCAAGUGGAAAACUGGAGUGCCUUUGCGCCCGACUUCAAAGAGCUGGAUGAAAAUGUAGAAUAUGAAGAGAGAGAGUCAGAGUUUGACAUCGAAGAUGAAGACAAGAGUGAACCAGAACAGACAGGUGCUGAUGCUGCAGAAGAUGAAGAAGUGGAUGUAACUAGUGUGGAUCCCAUCGCUGCCUUUUGUAGCAGCGAUGAAGAACUGGAGGACUCCAAAGCCCUGCUUUACUUACCCAUUGCUCCUGAAGUUGAAGACCCAGAAGAAAAUCCCUACGGGCCUCCACCAGACGCAGUUCAGAGUUCUUUAGCUGAUGAGGGCAUGGGUUCUGAGAAGAAGAGACAGUCCUCCUCCGACGGACCUCAGGCACCAAAGAAGAAGCCCAAAACCACCAACAUUGAACUCCAAGGAGUACCUAAUGAUGAAGUCCAUCCGCUGCUGGGUGUGAAGGGAGAUGGUAAAUCCAAGAAGAAGCAAGCAGGCAGGCCUAAAGGAUCAAAAGGUAAAGACAAAGAUUCUCCAUUUAAACCGAAACUCUACAAAGGGGACAGAGGUGCUUUACCUCUGGAAGGAGCAGCGAAGGGUAAAGUGCAGGCGGAGCUGGGACAGCCUUUGACAGCAGGUGGUGCAAUCUCAGAAUUGUUAUGAAGACGCUCUUCUUUAUCUUCCUAUAUUCUUUCCUAUAUGGGCACCAUAAUGCGGAAGAGAGCUGCGACGCUCGCUCAGAGCGGACUGACUAACACAGCAGACUGGUGGUGGAUUCAGGGAUUGACUUUUGUAAGAGAUGAAUCUGGAAGAGGAAACGCCUUCAUUCCUCCUUAGCCGCCUCUUCGGCGAACGGUGUAAAAUGCUGACGCCCAGGUCAUGCGAUUUGCAAAGAGACUCAUUUGGAACCGCCUUUGUGGUGACAGAAAGAACUAUAUCUAAAGGAAGCCGGUACCCAACACUCUGCCACUCCAGAGCUUAUCAAGCUUAUCUUCUAAAUACAUUAUUUUUUUGUUCCUGGAUUGAAGAAUACCCAAAGUGUGUAUUUUUAUUCCUGAUACCGUGUGACUCUGUAUCCCGCAAACGUCCCUUUCUGUGCUGUUAAUUUGAAUUUCAGUGAGCUAGAAGCCCUUCAGUGCCAGUCGCAUCACCGUACCGGCUUCUCUGUUUGCUCGCUGUGAUGUCUGACGUGCUUAGUGACCCACGGCUGCUGAUUAUGUGCCAGGUUUGAUUUCCUCUCAGGUGGACAGAGAUUGAACGUGAAGAAUCAAGACACCCUCCGAAGGCUGCGAAGAAUGAGUCUUCGUAUUGUGAAUAUUUUAGAUGCGAAGGAUAACUCCGCUUAUGGGAAAAGGAACAAGUGGAAGGACCUCUAGCUAAAAUACUUGGUUUCUGUGCUUUCUUCUAGCCUGCGAUAUGAAAAGCUGUGCUGGCAGUUCCUUUCGGUCCUUGCAGAUGUUUUUAUUCUGUCUUUUUCUGUGAGGUGCCCUCCCAGAAACAAUUGGUUUCCUCCUAGCUGGUAGGUACUGGCUCUUAGAGAAAACAGAACCGAUAUUUCUCUGAACUGAGAGUGUAGUUUUGCAGGGGUUUUGUCCCACUUCUGGAUCAAGAAUGGCAGAGAGAUGCUUUAACCUUGUGUUCCUUAAAGAUGGUUGUAACAUUUUCUUUGUGGGAAUGAGAAGAGACACUUUACCCAGUGCCUACAGCCUGAUACUUCUCUGUACCAGACCAGCCUGUUACAAGAAGGCUCUCAUUCCUAAUGCCCCUUGUUUUAUAGACUUUUAUAGUUCCUAUGCAAUUACUUUCAGUUUUUCCCCAGAUGUAAUUAUUGAGCUUAUCUCUACAUAUUUAAAUUUUCAAAGUAUCCCGCAGACGUUAAAAACCAAGAAGAAGAGUCAUAAAGAGAUUUAUUAAUUUGCAAUCGGAAGUAUGCGGUAGUUGCAUGAGAUACAAGCAUGGGAAAAGAGGGGACGUUUUAAAUCAGAAGGCUUUUUCAAUCUGCUAUUUUCAUUUCCGGCUUUGGUGCGCCGGCCUGUUUCAGUUAAUGGAAUUCAGUCCCAUGCGUCUUCAUUUCCUCUGUUCAUUCUGCUUGUAGGAUGACUCGCGGCUUUCCUGGAACGCUGUUAUGUCAAAUCUGCCCAUACGUGGUGUGGCCGAGCCCACAAGCUUUAAAAGAUGCAGAGGCGAUGGUUCUCGAGAUGAUUUUAAAGCAUAUAAUAUGCCCCAGACUCCAGCCUUCGUUUCUGUUCAGACUUCCCUGUACAGUGUAUAUGUCCUUGGUUUAUUUUCUUCCAACUUCUAUUUUAUUUUUUGGUCUCUAGUUUUGUACAAUAUUAGUCGGACACUGGCUUGAUGGUAGCGUAAAGCAGUGAUGUUAGUUUUUGUGUUUGUAAAUAAAGAGCUAUGUUUUAUUUCCUAGGGCAA